CAGAACUGCCCUGUAUGUAUGGAGGACAUCCACACGUCCAGAAUAGGGGCUCAUGUGCUCCCCUGCGGUCAUCUGCUACACAAAACAUGCUUUGAGGACAUGUGCAUAACUGGUGCUUACCGCUGUCCUCUGUGUAUGCAUUCGGCCUUCAACAUGAAGGAGUUCUGGGAAGAGAGAGAUAAGGAAAUUGCCCAGUCUCCCAUGCCUACAGAGUACCGGGACACUACAGUCAAGAUCAUAUGCAAUGACUGCCAGGCUCACUGCACUGUCUCCUUCCACGUGUUGGGCAUGAAAUGCAGCUCCUGUGGCUCUUACAACACUGCGCAGGACGGUGGGCUGAUCGCGGCCCCUGCUGUAAACACAUGACAGUCUGAGGAGCAGCCGCUUGAAGAAGAGCCCGACACGGAGCACCACGAGUGAUGUUUAGGCUCAGAAAUCAUCUCUCAGUUAAGCUUUUAUAGAACUGAUAUAUAGAAAUACAAGCUCUCCUCUCACAUUUCUGUACAACUGCUCUUAUUUUUCUUGCUUGAUUAAAAAGGAUAAGAGCAUAUUUGAGGCUUCUUUAAUUUUCUGUCGUGGAAACUGUGCAGAGUCAGGUGUGUUAGAUUCACAACUUAUAUAUUUCUUGACUUCCACAUUCAUUUUGUCGUAAAGAAUGUUAAAGAUAAUCCUGUGCUGAGAGGAUAAUCUGCUUUGUUGACUGAAUCCUCUAUCUACCAAGAGCAUUUUUGGUUUAUAUUAAGGAAAAGUAUCCUUAAUUUAAUGAAUCAGCAUGGGCUCUGAUAUUCAUUCAGGGCCAGUGUACAUCAUUGCCAAACUUUUGUUCAUUUUAAAAUGAUUUAAUGCUAUUUAUUGAUUAAUGCUGGACAAGAAACAAACAUUGUAUUACAGAAAUAAAAUAAAAUGAUCA